CGACGACUCUUAAUUUUUCGAAUUUUAUAACGACUCGAGAACAGAUUUCGUGUCCUCAAUCUCUGUUCAUUCAAUCUUCGAAGUGUCGUUACCUCUUGUCACGACGUGGAAACCACGAAAUCCUCGAUCUCCACCGUUAACAAAAGCCAUCGUCAUACGCCCGCCACUUCGGUCGAAUAUCAAACAUUAGGCCUAUUCCACACGGAUUUUUCGUUUUCCUUUUGCUCCAGGAAGUGAUAUCGAGGACAUGAUGUAUUCGACCCUUUUGACAUCGUGAUCGCUUGGGGAAUCCAUCAUGGCUGCGCAUCACACCACCGGCUCUGUCGCUGUCUCGAUAGCAUGCCUGGUGGCUGUGGCACUUCUUUCAAUCCCGGCCGGCUACAAGCUCGUCGCAAAACUGCGCGCGAAGAAGGAUCAAUAUCAACAUGUUUCUAGCCGGUACGAAGACAAAGAUGGUGUAGCUACCGAAGAGUCUGAAGAAGCCUUUUCCGAUCUCAUACCACGACUACUCCUAAUAUUAAUCUCGAUUGUGGCUUGUCUCGACGCUCUAGCUACAGCUGUCUUGACCACCACGCGCCCGGAUUUGUCUCUGACCAUCGAACAGUGGCUUCAAUUCGGGACAUGGUUGCUCGUGCUGUUCCAGGCUGUGGCUGUUUUUGUGACACCAUCAUCGUUGCAGCGCUACAACCUGGGAAUUUGCUCCGGGAUAUCGAGCUGCUUCAUCGCCGUUGCAGUAGCUGUUGAGAAUAUCUCAUUAUGGGCUUCUCAAGUCCGUCCACUUCCGAGAAAUGCUCAUCUUACGCUAUCAAUCAUUCAAUUCGUUGCAGGCAUACUCCUCGUCUUCGCAAGCCUUUCCAUUCCUCGGCGACCCGACGUCUACUAUAACGAGAGUGUCGUUGACCGUCAGAACACUGUGUCGGUGCUGGGGAAGUUCACCUUUUCUUGGCCGUCGUCGGUCCUGGCUUUCGCCGCAAAGAAUAAGGGCCUUGACUAUGACGACCUGCCCCAGAUCGACCACGAAAUUCGAUCGCGAGAGUUGAGAAGAAGGUUUGAAGCAGCCGGACAGAAGAACAAGCUUUGGAAAAGCAUCUUUUGGUCGCACAAGUGGGCAUUUAUUCAGCAGUGGACUUUCCAGGCAAUCUGCUCCUUCACGAACUUUCUGCCACAGAUCGCGCUUUACUUUAUUCUGCGUGCUCUCGAAGCUCGAGAUGAAGGUGCCAACCUCGGCAUGACUGCCUGGCUCCUAGUCAUUGGAUUGGGAGCAGCUGUCACCUUCUCCUCAUGGCUAGAAGCUUGGAUGUUCUUUGUCGUUUUUAUGAAACUCGCUGUCCCCGUCUACGAACAGCUCUCCGCCGUGGUGUUUGGUAAAGCAAUCAGACGAAAGGAUGUCAAAGGCGCAGGGAAGAAGCAAGAGCAGGCGGAAGGUAAUGGUGAAGCCUUGAAUGGCGAGAUUGUCGUCAACAAAAACGCCGGUCAGAAAGGAGAAGACCGCACCCCCGAGGGCGACGAGGACGAAGACGAAGACUUCCAGAAGUCUCGACAAAGCACGAUUAAUCUUGUUGGCGUUGAUUCGAAGAGAAUCGCAGACUUUGCGGCUUACAACUACAUCUUCCUCGGUUCGGCCAUCCAGCUUAUUUUUGCUUUCAGCUUUCUCUCGAAAUUGAUCGGGCCUAUCCCGUUACUUGCCGGUCUGGCAGCUCCAGCUAUCGUAACACCAAUCAACAUCAUUGCAGCAAAACGAUACGCAAAUGCGCAAGACAACCUGAUGAAGCAUCGUGAUCAGAAGAUGGCGGUCGUGACCGAAGCGUUGCAAGGCAUUCGGCAAAUCAAGUUCAGCGCUCUCGAACGAAACUGGUACGAAAAGAUCCUUGAGACGAGAAGAAAGGAGCUGAAAACCCAAUGGCAAGUUUUCGUCUAUGAUACGACUCUGAUCAGUAUCUGGAUCUUUGGACCUGUCAUGCUUGCUGCCAUCUCUCUUGCAACAUACGCUCUAAUCUACAAAGAAUUGACGGCAUCAGUGGCGUUCACGACCAUUUCAGUCUUUGAAGCAAUCGAGAUGACAUUAGCGGUCAUCCCGGAAAUGGUCACGGAUUUGCUUGAUGCUAUGGUCUCGGCAAACCGGGUCCAAGAGUAUCUUGAUGCCCCAGAACGGACGGAGUAUAGCAAGCCAGGUGACACUAUUUCGUUCAAGGAUGCCACCAUCGCUUGGCCAUCCGAUCGACCAGAAGAGGAGGACCAGCAAUUCACAUUGAGCAACCUCAACCUUUCAUUCCCCAAGAAGGAGUUAAGCGUGAUCUCAGGCCGCACCGGCUCUGGCAAGAGUUUAAUGCUUGCAUCCAUUAUCGGUGAGGCUGAAGUGCUCGCUGGGACUCUGACUGUGCCCAAGCCACCGCCAGCUGAUCAACGACACGAUGAGCUCGCCAACAAAGGUAACUGGAUCAUUGACUCCUCCGUCGCUUUUGUCGCGCAAAUACCCUGGAUAGAAAACGCCACUAUCCGCGAAAAUAUCCUAUUCGGCCUUCCGCUAGACAAUGAUCGGUACCAGAAAGCUCUUUCUGCAUGCGCACUUACCAAAGAUCUCGAAAUGCUCCAGGACGGCGAAUUAACCGACAUCGGUGCCAAUGGAAUCAAUCUCAGCGGCGGCCAGAAAUGGCGAGUCUCUUUCGCGCGAGCCUUGUACUCAAGAGCAGGGAUCCUCAUUCUCGAUGACAUCUUCUCCGCCGUCGACGCACAUGUCGGCCGCCAUCUCUUCGAACAGGCAUUGACCGGUGACCUUGGCCAGGGUCGCACAAGGAUCUUGGUCACGCACCACGUCGCCCUGUGCCUCCCCAGGACAAACUACAGCGUCCUCCUAUCGAACGGCACGGUCGAAGAAGCGGGCCGAACAGAAGACCUCCGGAGCACAGGCAAACUAAAUCAUAUCCUCGCCCAGGAUGUCGAAGUGCAAGAGGACGAGGAGCAAGUCGACCGCGAGCAAGCCCUGACUAUCGACGAUGGCGGCGGCCUGCAAAAGAUGUUCAGCAACCGGUCCCGCCGGAAGUCUGCGCUCAGCGAUGCCAACAUUGACGACGAGGAUCUGGCGCGUCGCCGCUCACACGCCGGACAACCUGGCGCAGACGAGGCGAAGAAGCCCAAGAAGUUCACCGACGACGAGAAGCGCGAGACGGGCGCGAUCAAGUUCCAAAUUUACGCCGCGUACAUCCGCGCCUGCGGAGGGUUCGGUUACUGGUUCUUCGUCCUCUUGAUCUUCGGCGUCUGGAUCGUCGUGUACCUCGCCCGGUCCUACUGGAUCAGCGUGUGGACGAGGUCGUAUCGGACCGAAUCCGAUCCAUUGUUCAUGCAGACCAAUCCCAAUGUCUUCGACAUCAGCCGCCUUGUGCAGCAACCACCUUCAUUCGGUGUGCGUGCGUAUCAGCACAUUUCCUCCGAACUGGCAAACACCGCGAUCGACCCCAACCUCCGGUACUAUUUGGGCGUGUACCUCGCCAUCUCGCUAGUAGCAUGGCUGAUCGGCACGGUACGCUAUUUCUACGUCUUCGUCGCCUCGAUCCGCGCGUCAAAGGUCCUGUUCGAGAACCUCGCGUUCGCCGUCCUGCGCGCACCGCUACGCUGGCUGGAUACGGUGCCCCUGGGCCGCAUUUUGAACAGGUUCACAUCCGAUUUCAACAUGCUCGACAGCCGGAUCAGCAUGGACUUGGGAUUCAUGCUGCACAACAUGAUGCACGUGCUGUCCGUCGUCAUUGCGGGCUUGUUUGUGUCGCCCUUCAUGAUCGUCUUCGCGGCCGCUCUGCUGGGCAUCUGCAUGUUCUACGCCAUCCGGUAUCUCGCGGGUGCACGGGAGGUCAAGAGGCUCGAAUCGAACGCCAAGUCCCCUGUGUUCGAGCAGUUCGGGUCGGUGCUCAUGGGGAUCGGGACGAUAAGAGCCUUCGACAAAUCCGACGCGUAUCUGGACAAGAUGUUCGCUCGCAUCGACCGGCACACUCGUGCAUAUUGGCAUCUGUGGCUGUUUAAUCGCUGGAUGGGCUGGCGGUUGAACAUGGUGGGUGCGGUGUUCGCGUGCGUGACGGCGGCGCUGAUUGUGAGUAUCACGACCAUCGACUCGAGUCUGGCCGGGUUCGCGCUGAGUUUUGCGCUGAGUCUGUCAGAAGGCGUCAUCUGGUUCCUUCGCCAAUACAGUAAUGUCGAGUUGGACAUGAAUGCCACGGAGAGAAUUGUCGAGUACUCGAACAUCAAGAUCGAGCAGCAGGGCGGCGUCGAUGCCCCCGCGGCCUGGCCGACUGAGGGCAACCUCGAGGUGCAGGAUCUGGUCGUUGCGUAUGCGGACGAUCUGCCGCCUGUGCUGAGGGGUCUGAGUUUCAGUGUCAAGAGGAAUCAGAGGGUUGGCGUGGUCGGCCGGACGGGCGCUGGCAAGUCGAGUCUCACGUUGGCUUUGUUCAGGUUCCUGGAGGCGAGGUCGGGCCGGAUACUGAUUGAUGGCGUGGAUAUCGCGAAGAUCAAGUUAUAUGAUCUACGGUCACGGUUGGCGAUCAUCCCGCAGGAUCCGGUGUUGUUUUCGGGGACGGUCCGAAGCAAUCUGGACGCCUUUGAUCAGCAUUCGGAUGAAGAGUUGAGGGAGGCGUUGGCGAGAGUGCAUUUGGUGUCGUCGGCUUCAAGUGGACCCAGUGGGAGUGUGACGCCCGUGGUUGAUGGAGACGGUGUGAGAGAUACGAACACGAACAUCUUCAAGUCGCUGUCGAGCAAGAUCUCCGAGGGAGGCUUGAAUCUGUCUCAGGGUCAGCGGCAGUUGCUGUGUCUGGCGCGAGCGAUCGUGUCGCGCCCGAAGAUCAUGGUUCUGGACGAGGCUACGAGUGCAGUCGAUAUGCAGACGGACGCCCUCAUCCAGCGGUCGAUCAGGGAAGAGUUCACGGACAGCACGUUGAUCGUCAUUGCGCAUCGGUUGAGUACGAUUGCGGAUUUCGAUCGGAUCUUGGUGCUUGGUGAGGGCAAGGUGCUCGAGUACGAUGAGCCGAAGAACUUGAUGGCCAAAGAGGGCGGAGUGUUCAAAGAGAUGGUGGAGAUGUCUGGCGAGAGGGCUGAGCUGGAGAAAAUCAUCGCAGGUGGCCAUGGUAGCGGUACAGAGAUGCAGAACGGCGGAGGAAGCUCGACUUAAAAAAGGCAUGAGAGAUGCUAUGCUGUCAGGGGAUAUCAAUUGUGCAUAGAGUGGAUGCGGAACAUGAGCCUCGUGGCUAGCAAAUAUUUAAGGUACAGGCGUUUUGACUGAGGACCAAGGUAGAAUGAAAAGUCGUUCGGCUCGUGCUUGGGGGAACAGGAAACAAGGCAUUGAGCUUUGUAUCAAAAGUUG